AUGACGAGCUAAAAGAUGACGUGCCCAUGAAGGAUGAACAUUCUGAUAUCACGGGCCAAAUACUUCGCUCCAAUGCCUUUGCAUGGCGGAGCAGACAACUGGCAGGCAUGGACUACUUUCUCCUGGACGACCAUGUGUGAAAUUUGGAACGCCAUCGCAGCUGUUAGUAAGCUCCUUGACUGGGGUCAGAAAGUGCAACGGAAGCGAAGACAAGACCAGGAUAUAUGGUACUCAAGAUGGGCAAGCCUUGCACGAAGCGACGAGCCUAGCAAGGUCAAGCGAGAGAUUAUUCAACGAUUUACGACGGUCAACGGUGACACCAGAGAGCGAAUGCUCGCAGUCACCCGCUCUCUUCGAGAAACAAGAUUUGCCUUCCACUCCCGAGACACGGCCUUGUUGUAAACUAUCGUGGAUAGACUUGUUGACAUGAACAACCCGCGAUGGCGCAACACAAUGUAGGUCCAAAAAGGUUUGCUGUAUAUGGACGAGAAUGCAAGGCGCAUCUUGGACAAAAACAUGCCCGGC